AUGAUAUCCCAUACAGUGCAUCUUGGUUUGGCCUUACUUUGGGCGUGUGGCCAGGUUAAUGCGUUUUACUUGCCUGGUGUCGCACCUACCACAUACAAGGCAAAUGACGAAAUUCCUCUACUCGUCAACCAUUUAUCUCCAUCCAUGUACUGGCAGCACGAAACCGAGGAUGGAGAGAACAUGAAGGGUGAUAAGUCGAGAUACUUGUACUCCUACGAUUACUACUACGACCGGUUCCAUUUCUGUCAACCUGAGAAGAUUGUGAAGGAACCAGAAUCUUUGGGAUCAAUUAUAUUUGGUGACAGAAUAUACAACUCUCCCUAUCAAAUCAAAAUGUUGGAAGAGAAGACAUGUGUGCCCCUUUGUAAUACUAUCAUUCCUGGGAAAGAUGCCGAGUUCAUCAACAAACUAAUUAAGAAUGGGUUCUUCCAAAACUGGCUGAUCGAUGGGUUACCUGCCGCAAGAGUCGUUCACGAUAAGAGCACCAACUCUGAUUUCUACGGGAACGGGUUCGAACUCGGUUCGGUUGAAGUGGUUCAAGCUGUUGCGCAAGCUAAAACUCACCCCAAAGAAGACGACAGUGGCAGUGCCAAAUUGAGCACUCGCGACGCCAAAAAUGUUCAAAUGCUAAAGAACGUGGAGUUACCUUACUUCGCCAAUCAUCAUGAUAUUACCGUUGAGUACCACGACCGUGGUGAAGGUAACCUGCGUGUUGUGGGUGUCACCGUGGAUCCAAUUUCGAUAAAGCGUUCCUCUCCAGGGACUUGUCAAACUUCAGGUGACCCUCUGAUGCUGGAUGAGAAAAACGACAACGAAGUUUACUUUACCUAUUCCGUUAGAUUUGUUGCUUCCGAUACCGUGUGGGCUACCAGAUGGGAUAAGUACUUGCAUACGUAUGAUCCCACGAUCCAAUGGUUCUCCCUGGUUAACUUUUCCAUCGUGGUGGUUUUGUUGUCUUCAGUGGUUAUUCACAUGUUGUUGAAGGCUCUGAGGAGCGAUUUUGCCCGUUACAAUGAGCUAAACCUGGACAAUGAAUUCCAAGAAGAUUCUGGUUGGAAGUUGACUCACGGGGAUGUUUUCAGAAUUCCAUCAAAGUCGAUGCUAUUGUCCAUUCUUGUUGGUUCUGGUAUUCAGUUGUUCUUGAUGAUCUCCGUUAGCAUUUUCUUUGCCGCUCUUGGAUUUUUGUCCCCCAGCUCAAGAGGCUCCCUCGGUACGGUAAUGUUCAUGCUCUACGCCCUAUUUGGGUUUGUUGGCUCAUACACUUCGAUGGGUGUUUACAAAUUUUUCAGAGGCCCAUACUGGAAGGCUAACAUGAUCUUGACUCCAUUGCUGGUUCCAGGUUGUCUUUUGCUCUCCAUUGUUGGCUUGAAUAUGUUUUUAUUAGGCGCGCACUCCUCCGGUACGAUCCCAGCGAAGACUCUGUUCUUUAUUGUCCUUUUGUGGUUUGUUAUAUCUGUGCCAUCUGCUCUAGCUGGUUCUUUAAUUGCACAUAAGAAAUGCAGUUGGGAUGAGCAUCCAACCAAGACAAACCAGGUCGCAAGACAGGUUCCAUUCCAGCCAUGGUAUUUGAAGACGGUUGCUGCCACUUUCAUCGCAGGUAUUUUCCCCUUUGGUUCCAUUGCUGUUGAACUGUACUUCAUCUACACCAGUUUGUGGUACAACAAGAUCUUCUACAUGUUUGGUUUCUUGUUUGUCUCAUUCCUGCUAUUGACGUUGACUACGGUUUUGGUCACCAUAUUGAUAACCUACCACUCUCUGUCGUUGGAAAACUGGCAGUGGCAAUGGAGAAGUUUCAUCGUUGGUGGUGUUGGGUGUGCAAUCUACAUGUUCGUCCACUCGAUCUUAUUCACCAAAUUAAAGCUUGGUGGAUUUGUCACCAUCGUGCUUUAUGUUGGAUACUCUGCGGUUAUCUCGCUGCUGUGUUGUCUCGUGACAGGGUCGAUUGGGUUCCUAAGUAGCAUGUUCUUCGUUAGAAGAAUUUAUUCAUCCAUCAAAGUGGAAUGA